AUGGAGAAAAGUAUGCAGCAUUUAGAAAAGAUAAGAAAAUUAUCUGAUGAACUACUGUAUCAAUGCAUUCCUCGUACUGUGGCCAGAAAAAUUCGAAAUGGUAUUCCAGCGAUCGAUACAAUUCAGGCAUUCGAUGAAGUCACAAUAUGCUUUACAAAAGUGGUCAACUUCGCCGCAAAAUGCAUGCAUAUAGAUGUUGAACAAGUGAUUGAAUUGUUGAACAGAAUGUAUUCUCUCUACGAUGAUUUGACUGAAAAUCAUAAAGUUUACAAGGUUGAAACGAUUAAUGACAGUUAUAUGUUGGUCUCUGGGGCACCACACAGAACCCCAUUGCAUGCUGCACACAUAGUCGACACUGCAUUGGAAAUCAUAGAAGUUACUCUACUCAAUCUCUACUGGCCAGAGUCAAGUGAAAAUAUUCCAGCUAAUAACAAAGCUAAGACUGUUUAUACAAAUGAACACUUGCAUCUGUACAUUGGAUGUCACACUGGUCCGAUUGUUGCUGGUGUAGUCGGUUAUAAAACACCACGAUAUUGUUUAUUUGGUGAUACAGUGAAUACUACAAGUCGAAUGAUGAGUCACGGUCUACCAAACAAAGUUCAUAUUAGUGAGUCAUGUGCUCAGUCUCUAUCACCUUAUCCAUAUGAAAUAGAAUGUCGAGGAGAAAUCCCGAUAAAGGUAUGUUAUGCUACAAAUUUACCUAUCACUGAUCGAUAUUCUGAUUGA